CCUUCCAACGUGCAGCAUCAGCAACAUUUUUUGUCUUUCUUUCCACAGGAUUGGUGAAGGAAGGAAGCUGCGGCUGCGGCGUGUGGAGGGUUAACUUUCACCAUUGUCAGCCCGAAAGGGGGGCUUUUUUUGGGGGGUGGAGGAAGAGGAGGAGGAGGAGGAGGGAGGCGAUGAGCUAAAAGAUGCCGGGGUCGCUGAGCAAUGAAGACGAGGCACAGGACGACAUGGACUUUGAAGACGAGAUGCCAGACGAGGAGGACGUGUGCGCCACGCUUCCUCUCGCCUCCAUCGGCAGCUUCUUCUCGGACGACGACUCCCUCAAACAGCAGAAGAAGAAGAAGAGCAAAAAGAUGAGAGAGGGAAAAGUGCCUAAAAUGAAAAAGCGGAAAAAGGAGGGCGCCAUCCCAGCCAGCGUGGACAGCGAGCAGGACGGGACGUCGGAGGUGGAGGUGGAGGUGGAGGAGGAGCGUGUCGCCGACAGAGGCUCCGAGAGCGAUAGCAGCAUGUUCAGCCCCACCAAGAAGAAGAAGAAGAAACCCAAGGAGAAGAAGGAGAGGAAGCCCAGGAAGAAGAAGAGAGACGAGGAAGACGAGGACGAGGACGACGGGAGCAUGAAAGAGCCAAAGUCCUCCAGCCAGCUGAUGCAGGAGUGGGGCCUGGAGGACGUCCAGUACGGCUUCACCGAGGACGACUACAAGACCAUCACCAACUACAAGGCUUUCAGCCAGUUCCUCAGGCCUCUCAUAGCCAAGAAGAACCCCAAAAUCCCCAUGUCCAAGAUGAUGACAGUGCUGGGGGCCAAGUGGCGGGAGUUCAGCGCCAACAACCCUUUCAAGGGCGCCUCCGCGACCGCCGUGGCCGCCGCUGUCGCAGCCGCCGUGGAAACUGUUACUGUGGCUCCGCCGAACCCUGUCGGCCAGCUCGGCGCUCAGCCGGGGCCCGUCAAAAAAGCCAAAACCAAAGAGGGGAAAGGUCCUGGAGUUCGAAAGAGAAGCAAGACUGUGAAAGACGUGAAGAAGAAAGUGAAGCCCAAGAAGACCAAAUCCAAGUCGGGACAAAGCGGGAAGAAGAAGAAGGCGUCCUCGAGCGAGGAGGACUUCCUGGAGGAGUCCGACUUUGACGACAUCAGCAUCCUCAGUGCCGCCGUGCUUUGUGACACCUUGGGGGCCGCCGCUAAGAAAAAGGCCCGACGCGGUCGCAAAAAAAGAAAAAGGGAGGACGGCGACGGCUAUGAGACGGACCACCAGGACUACUGUGAGGUGUGCCAGCAGGGCGGCGAGAUCAUCCUGUGCGACACCUGUCCCCGAGCGUACCACCUGGUGUGCCUGGAGCCCGAGUUGGAGAAGGCCCCCGAGGGCAAAUGGAGCUGCCCACACUGUGAGAAGGAGGGCAUCCAGUGGGAGGCCAAAGACGAGGAGGACGAGGAAGAGGAGGAGGCGGUGGCGCGGGAGGAAGAAGACGACCACAUGGAGUUUUGCCGCGUGUGUAAAGACGGCGGAGAGCUGCUGUGCUGCGACACCUGCCCGUCGUCCUACCACAUCCACUGCCUCAACCCGCCGCUGCCCGAGAUACCCAACGGGGAGUGGUUGUGUCCACGCUGCAUGUGCCCUCCCCUGAAAGGCAAAGUACAAAAGGUUCUUCACUGGAUGUGGGGCGAGGCGCCGCUGCCCCCUGACCCGCCCCUGGACCCGGACGGCCAGCCCGGCGCAGACCCGCUCAGCAGGCCUCCGCUCAAGGGCCACCCCGAGAGGGAGUUCUUCGUCAAGUGGGCCGCACUCUCCUACUGGCACUGCUCCUGGGUCAGCGAGCUGCAGUUGGAGCUCUACCACACCGUCAUGUACCGGAACUACCAACGCAAAAACGACAUGGACGAGCCCCCGCCGUACGACUACGGCUCCGGCGAGGAGGAGCUCAACAACGAGAAGAGGAAGAGCAAAGACCCCCAGUACGCCGCCAUGGAGGAGCGCUUCUACCGAUACGGAAUCAAACCCGAGUGGCUGGUCAUCCACCGCGUACUCAACCACAGCCUGGAUAAAGACGGGGAGGUGCAUUACCUGAUCAAGUGGAGGGACCUCCCCUACGACCAGUGCACCUGGGAGGUGGACCACUUUGACGUGCCAGAUUACCACCGCCAUAAAGCUUCCUACUGGGACCACAGGGAGCAAAUCUUAGGGGAGGACCAGCGCCCUCUGGUGGUGAGAAAGGAUAACAAACUCAAAGAGGACCACGGAAAGAGGGAGAUCCCUCCAGACGCUCCCAUCAUUGACCCAACGAUCAAGUUUGAGCACCAGCCAUGGUACAUCAACGCCACCGGGGGGACGCUGCACCCGUACCAGCUGGAGGGCCUGAACUGGUUGAGGUUCUCCUGGGCGCAGGGCACCGACACCAUCCUGGCCGACGAGAUGGGUCUGGGGAAGACGGUGCAGACCAUCGUGUUCCUCUACUCCCUUUACAAAGAGGGCCACUCCAAGGGACCCUUCCUGGUGAGCGCGCCCCUCUCCACCAUCAUCAACUGGGAGCGGGAAUUUGAGAUGUGGGCUCCGGACUUUUACGUGCUGACGUACAUCGGCGACAAGGACAGCCGCGCCAUCAUCCGGGAGAACGAGUUCACCUACGAGGACAGCGCGGUCAAGCUGGGACGGAGGGCCUUCCGCAUGAAGAAAGACACGCCCAUCAAGUUCCACGUGCUGCUGACCUCCUACGAGUUGAUCACCAUCGAUCAGGCCAUCUUGGGCUCCAUCACCUGGGCCUGCCUGGUGGUGGACGAGGCCCACAGGCUGAAGAACAACCAGUCCAAGUUUUUCAGAAUCCUCAACGGAUACAAGAUCUACUACAAGCUGCUGCUCACUGGGACGCCGCUUCAGAACAACCUGGAGGAGCUUUUCCACCUUCUCAACUUCCUCACUCCGGAGCGCUUCAACAACCUGGAGGGCUUCCUGGAGGAGUUUGCCGACAUCUCCAAGGAGGACCAGAUCAAGAAGCUGCACGACCUGCUGGGGCCGCACAUGCUGCGCAGGCUCAAGGUGGACGUCUUCAAGAACAUGCCCUCCAAGACCGAGCUCAUCGUCAGGGUGGAGCUCAGCCCCAUGCAGAAGAAGUACUACAAGUUCAUCUUGACAAGGAACUUUGAGGCGCUCAACUCCAAAGGCGGAGGCAACCAAGUGUCUCUGCUCAACAUCAUGAUGGACCUGAAGAAGUGCUGCAACCACCCCUACCUCUUCCCCGUGGCUGCUGUGGAAGCUCCCGUCUUGCCCAACGGCUCAUAUGAUGGCAACCAGCUGGUGAAGUCCUCCGGCAAACUGACACUCCUUCAGAAGAUGCUGAAGAAGCUGAAAGACGAAGGACACCGCGUUCUCAUCUUCUCACAGAUGACAAAGAUGUUGGAUCUGCUGGAGGACUUCCUGGAGUUUGAGGGCUACAAAUAUGAACGCAUCGACGGCGGCAUCACUGGAAGUCUGAGGCAGGAGGCCAUAGACCGCUUCAACGCACCAGGAGCUCAGCAGUUCUGCUUCCUGCUGUCCACGCGAGCCGGAGGACUCGGCAUCAACCUGGCCAGCGCCGACACGGUCAUCAUCUACGACUCGGACUGGAACCCUCACAACGACAUCCAAGCCUUCAGCAGAGCGCACCGCAUCGGUCAGAACAGGAAGGUAAUGAUCUACCGCUUUGUGACGCGCGGCUCGGUGGAGGAGAGGAUCACGCAGGUGGCCAAGAGGAAGAUGAUGCUGACCCACCUGGUGGUCCGACCCGGCCUGGGCUCCAAAACCGGAUCCAUGUCCAAGCAGGAGCUGGACGACAUCCUCAAGUUCGGAACGGAGGAGCUGUUCAAGGACGAGAUGGAGGCGGCUCGGACUAUGGGGGACAACAAAGACGGCGAGGAAGGCAACGUGAUCCACUACGACGACGACGCCAUCUCCAAGCUGCUGGACCGCAGCCAAGACGCCACGGAAGACACGGAGAUCCAGAACAUGAACGAGUACCUGAGCUCCUUCAAGGUGGCCCAGUAUGUGGUGAAGGAGGAGGAUGGAGAGGAGGAGGUGGAGCGUGAGAUCAUCAAGCAGGAGGAGAACGUGGAUCCUGAUUACUGGGAGAAACUCCUGCGCCAUCACUAUGAGCAGCAGCAGGAGGACUUGGCACGCAACCUGGGCAAAGGCAAACGCAUCCGCAAGCAGGUCAACUACAACGACACCACCCAGGAGGACCCAGACAACCAGUCGGAGUACUCUGUGGGGUCCGAGGACGAGGACGAAGACUUCGAGGAGAGGCCUGAAGGUGGGCGCCGCCACUCUCGCAGACACCUGAGGAACGAGAAGGACAAACCUCUGCCGCCCCUGCUGGCGCGUGUUGGCGGCAGCAUCGAGGUGCUGGGCUUCAACACGCGGCAGAGGAAGGCUUUUCUGAACGCCAUCAUGCGCUGGGGCAUGCCCCCGCAGGACGCCUUCACCUCCCACUGGCUGGUGCGCGACCUGAGAGGCAAGAGUGAGCGCGAGUUCAGGGCCUACGUGUCUCUGUUCAUGAGACACCUGUGCGAGCCGGGCGCCGACGGAGCCGAGACCUUCGCCGACGGCGUGCCGCGAGAAGGUCUCUCUCGCCAGCACGUGCUCACCAGGAUCGGAGUCAUGUCGCUGGUCAGGAAAAAGGUGCAAGAGUUUGAGCACGUCAACGGGAAGCUGAGUUCUCCAGACCUGAUCCCCAUCGGCAUGGAGCUCAAGAAGCUGACGGAGAGCGUGUCGUCCGAUCCGAACACGCCUCUGCAGGCCAGUCCGCUCGCCACGCAGCCCGGGACCCCGGUUCCAGCAGAGAAGUCGGAGUGUCCCGCUGAGGACAAGGACACCAGCCAGCAAGAAAGUAAGAAACAGACUGAGCAGGAAGCCUCUGCAGAGGCAGCAGGGGAGCGUGUCGGUGGGGAGGAGCCAGCCACGCGGGCACGCCGGGAGGAGGAGCCAACCACGCGGGCACGCCAGGAGGAGGAGCCGGCCACGCGGGCACGCCAAGAGGCGGAGCCAACCACGCGGCCACGCCAGGAGGAGGAGCCGGUGGGCGAGGGCAAGGAGAGCAAGGUGGACUGUGAGGAAAAAAGAGGCGUAAAGGAGACGGACAGGAGCCAGGCGUCCUGCAAAGCCAGCGAGAAGACAACGUCCGGGCACAACUCGCCUCAAAAGGAGCCCGACAAGGAGCCGGAGAAGCCAUCAGAGAGAGGAGAUGCUGAGGAGAAGGAAAACAAAGCUGAUGAGGUGAAAGGCGGAGACGCUGCGGACGGGCGAGUUAACGGCGACAAGGACGCGCUGGAGGAAGUGGAGGAGGGCAGGAAGGAAGUGGAGGAGGGCAGGAAGGAAGUGGAGGAGGGCAGGAAGGAAGAGAAAAAUGGAUUCAAGGCAAAGUUCAUGUUUAAUAUUGCAGAUGGAGGUUUUACAGAGUUACACACCCUGUGGCAGACGGAGGAGCGGGCGGCGUUGUCGUCGGGAAAGAUGCACGACAUCUGGCACCGUCGCCAUGACUACUGGCUGUUGGCGGGCAUCGUCACGCACGGUUACGCCCGCUGGCAGGACAUCCAGAACGACCCCCGCUACGCCAUCCUCAACGAACCCUUCAAGACGGAGAUGCACAAGAGCAACUACUUGGAGAUGAAGAACAAGUUCCUGGCUCGACGCUUUAAGUUGUUGGAGCAGGCGCUGGUGAUCGAGGAGCAGCUGAGGCGGGCGGCCUACCUGAACAUGAGCCAAGACCCCAGCCACCCGGCCAUGGCUCUCAACACCCGCUUCACCGAGGUGGAAUGUCUGGCCGAGUCCCACCAGCACCUGUCCAAAGAGUCCCUGGGCGGGAACAAGCCAGCCAACGCCGUGCUGCACAAAGUGCUAAACCAGCUGGAAGAGCUCCUGAGCGACAUGAAGGCGGACGUGACGCGACUGCCCAACAUGCUGUCCCGCAUCCCGCCCGUCUCCGCCCGCUUGCACAUGUCCGAGCGCAGCAUCCUGAGCCGUCUCACCAGCCGGGGCAGCGAACCCCCGCCGCAGCAGACUUUCAGCCAAGGAGGUUUUGCCUGCUCCCAGAUGUACGGCAACACCUUCAGCGCCACCUUCAGGGGCCCGGGUGGACAAGCCAUGGUCAAUUACAGUCAGAUGCCUCUGGGGCCCUACGUCAGCGUGUCAAACGGCCCGCCCCCCAGCCACCUGGACAAGAAGACCUUCGAGGCCCUGAGAGACGUGGCCACGCCUGACCUCAAGUCGGGCAAAGCCGGCGACGUCAUCUGCAUCGAGGACUAAAACGGGGGCCACCUCCUGGGUCGGGACCAUGGAGGACUAAAGCGGCCACCUCCUGGGUCGGGACCAUGGAGGACUAAAACGGCCACCUCCUGGGUCGGGACCAUGGAGGACUAAAGCGGCCACCUCCUGGGUCGGGACCAUGGAGAACUAAAGCGGGGGCCACCUCCUUGGUCAGGACCAUGGAGGACUAAAACGGGGGCCACCUCCUUGGUCAGGACCAUGGAGGACUAAAACGGGGGCCACCUCCUUGGUCAGGACCACACCUUCUCCUCUCUAACCAGCUCCCUCUCUUUUCCUUUGGCAGACACGUAUGAAGCAGAAGAAUUGCACUUUUUACCUUUCAGGAGUCCUUUUUUUGUUUUUGUUUUGGAAACUCAACAUUUUGAGGGUGUAGACCUCGGACAUGUUGUUCCCAUGCCGGGCUCCAUCUGAUCCUAAAUGUCUUUUUUCAGACUCUUUGGAGCGCUGAGGAAACUUUAUUGAGGCGAGGAGAAGAAUUACUGUUGUUGUAAGAGGGCAGUGGGCCUGGAAGUGUGCCACCUGCUGGUGAUCUGCAGGAAGUGCCCUCUUUCUUUACCUCAUGUCAACAUCUGCAGGGGUGGACUCCACCCACUACCAUCCAUGUGAGUCCUUCUCCCUUUGAAUGUUUCAAGUGGCGGCUGCACUAUAAACUCUUGUGGACAAUUUUGCCUCGUUAAAAGUGACGAGCGGUCUUAUUAAUUGGAGCGUUUCAUUGGCGGUCUCCUUUCUGUGUUGCCCUACUCACAGACUGCCAGUUCCUCUCGUCACAUGACUUAGGACUGUGACGGUCAUAAACCUCACAUUUCAGGCCAGUACCUUCCAGAACCUUUUCUUUUGAGCACACCAGGGGCCUCAUGUAACCAGAGUUGUGCUGCGUUCCGACUAAAAAGAGACGUACGUUCAAAUCCAGUCAAAAUUCAGAUGUAUUGACGCCAGCAAAAUUUAUGUUUUAUGUCACAAUCAGAGGUGGGUAGAGUAGCCAGAAAUUGUACUCAAGUAAGAGUACUGUUACUUUAGAGAUGUAUUACUCAAGUAAAAGUAAGGAGUAGUCACCCAAAUAUUUACUUGAGUAAAAGUAAAAAGUAUGUUGUGAAAAAACUACUCAAGUACUGAGUAACUGAUGAGUAACCUGUUCCUUUAAUGACGACGGCAGCAAAUAAUGCACAAAAACAUCAAAAUAGCAAUGAGCAAAUUCAGAGCCAGGAAUAUCUCUUAAGCAACUAAAACAAUAAUAUAUAUUAAAUAAUAAUACAUUAACAUAAAAAGAAUGAAGGCAAAUUGAGCCACAAUAACUUAACAGCACCAUAGGCUCAGUAGGCAGAUAUUACGAAGGAAAAUAACAAGUUAGCCUUUACGCAAACCAUAAACUGAGAGCCUUGGGACACACUGAUUGGUGUUUCUAUGCAUGUGUGAGUGUGUGUGCGACUGUGUGUGUGUGUGUGUGUGUGUGUGUGUGUGUGUGUGUGUGUGUGUGUGUGUGUGUCUUUGAGGCUGCAGUGCGUUAAUAAAGGUCCCCACACUUGGUACAUUUGACAGUGAUUCAUAGCAGGGAAGCUAACAUCAGCCUACGGUGACAGCCAAAAUAUCUACUAACGUUACUUACCGCCAUGUGCUUCCUCAAAUUUGAUGUUGAGUUCAUGUAAGCUUAAGGUUGUUUUUGUUUUGCCGCUGAAACUUUAUGUGCAGUUAAUCAUGUGACCGCCUGGCUCUGUUUGAUUGGUGAAACGGAGUCAAACGUCACCAGUGACUGCAUUUGAUUGGUGAAACGGAGUCAAACGUCACCAGUGACUGCAUUUGAUUGGUGAAACGGAGUCAAACGUCACCAGUGACUGCAUUUGAUUGGUGAAACUCAGUCAAACGUCA